AUGUGGCAAUGGGGAAGAGACAAGGCGUCCAGUAUGUGGCAAUGGCGGCCGUGGAGCGCUGACAAACCUAAGCCGCAGCUUCCUGAAGUCAGUGGAUCUGACUACUCUAGUGUUGAGUAUCCAUUCGAGAAUCUGGUACUAAAAGGUGGAGGGGCGAAAGGAAUCGCAUACAUCGGAGCUUGUAAGGUACUGGAUGAGGCUGGAAUUUUGCCGAACAUCAAGCGGUUUGCAGGGACCAGCGCAGGUGCAAUCACUGCAACCCUACUGGCCAUCGGGAUGAGUCCACAGGAGAUGCUGGAAGUGCUCAGCGAGAAGAACCUGAUUGACCUCUUGGAUCCACCAAGCGCAUGGUUGGAACCCACGAAAUGGCUUUACCACAUUCCUGGUGUGCCAGACUGGCUGACGGUGGACUUGUUGCCAAAGGCCAUCGCAGCGUGGACAAAGAGAGGCAUGCACAGAGGGAAUGAUUUUUAUGACUGGUUCGGUGUCAUCUUAGAAGAGCACCUCAAACGACUUUAUCCGGAUGAGAAACGAAUGGACAGAGACAUCACGUUCGACAGACUCUACCGUGCGACAGGGAAGGAGCUGUGCAUCGUGGCUUACAACAUGAUCCUCGGUUGUGAAACCUAUUUCCAUGUGAAAACUACACCUAUGGUAAAGAUCCGGGAUGCAGUCCGCAUGUCCAUGUCCAUUCCAGUCGCCUUCCAGCCGUUUGAGGGGUACGGGUUCCCCAAAUUCACCUUUAUCGACGGUGGACUGGCGGCCAACUAUCCAAUCUGGGCAUUUGACGGGUGGUACCUGUCCAUGGACGAAGCAGACACCUUCAAGCAAAGACUGGCGUCGGUUCAACAACGUAAUGAGGAAAAUAAGGAAAAGAUUCGUAGGAUGUUCGAACCGCAAUACAGGAGGAAGGAGCGUUUCAACACAAGGAAUGACAAGACUCUGGGAAUUGUAUUGUUCUCCAGAAAGGACCCUGAAUUGUACCAGGAACGGUUUAAGAGUCGUUUAAGAAAAUUGGAAGAAAAGGAACAUCCGACGCCCAAGACCGAGCUAUACGAGGAGUACAAGAAGGAGAUGACCAAGCAGGAAGAGGUACGAAAAACGACUGAACAACUUUUAAAUGAACUAGUUGGCGAUCAGAUCAAAGGACUAAAGAAAUGUAUUGAAGAUGGCGACGAAGAAGGAGCGUGGAAGCACUUCGACAAGAUUUUCAGCCGGAAACACCUUGACAUUCUGAACGUAAAGACACAGGAAGAGGCCAUCGAGAUGUUGUUGAUGGAUGAUGAUCGCAAACUGACAACAGAAAUGCUGAAGAAAAUUGACGAGAACGUUGGUCCUCUGCAACUGGUCAAGGGCAGAUUGAGGCAUAGGCAUGUGUCAAAACCAAGCGACUACUACAGCACCAUGCUCGAGUUCGUCGGACACAACAGCGGAAUUGAAGAGGAGGAUGUCGAUAGGUCAAUGGCCAUCGACGUGGACUAUGUGGGCACCAUGGAUUUUGACAUGGCACCUAAAGAUAUGGAGUUCCUCAUGAGGCAAGGAGCAGUGGCGACCGUUGCCUUUCUGGAGGAAAGGAAGAGGGAGAAAAAGGACGAGGAAAAGUAGGAGGGUGAGAUGUAGGGUGAGAAGUAGGAUGACAAGAAAUAUGAGAACGAGGAUGAUGAGAAAUAUGAGGAGGAUGAGAAGAAAGAUGAGAAGGAGGGUGAGAUGUAUGGUGAGAAGUAGGAUGGGAAGAAAGAUGAAAAGUAGGAGGAGAAGUACGAUGAGAAGUAGGAAGAGAUUUAGGAUGAGAAGUAGGAAGCUUAAGAGACGUAGAAUAGGACGGAAUAAUAAGAAUUAGAAUGAAAAGUAGGGUAAGAAGAAGGAAGAGAUGUAGG